UCCGGGAGAGCCGAGACGCAGCAUCAGUGUCCAUGCUGUGACAGCCCAGUGUGUGAGCGGCACUCUCAUUGUACAACACAAGGAUUGGGCUCCCUGCACACAGCUUUAGGGGGCUUUUAACAAGAAAGCAACCCAUGUCUCCUGGAGCCUCCAGCUGCUGAGCCUGUGUUUCCUUUAACUGGUCUGAAUGGGAUACCCACUUUGUCACCAGUUAAACAUGAGGAUUAAGGUGGUUCUAACGCUGGUUCUUCAGAGCUUCUUCCUAAAACUUCUGAUGGCUUUAGAUGCUCCGAGUCUAAACAUAGAGAAAGAUAAUCUCGUAAUAGCAGUAAAUGAUACUUUAAAUAUUACAUGCAGGGGAGAAAGGCCGGUGUUGUGGCUCUGGCCAAUGAAUCAUAGUAUUGUCGAUAACCGCAUAUCAGUGAGUGAUUGCAAUGAAAGCCUCUAUUGUCGGACACUCACACUAUCUCGAGCUGUAACAAACGACACAGGGAUUUACAAGUGUUUUUACGAAGACAGCAACGCUACGUCAAGUGUUCAUGUUUAUGUUCUCGACAAAAGAUCUCCCUUUGUGCCAUCCGAUCAACUCACUGCUGUGUACAUUACUGAGAACAAAACAGUAACAAUACCAUGCGUGGGUUCCAGGCCUGACCUCAAUGUUACCCUGCAUGCGAAAUAUCCAGACACCACAUUUCACCCUGACGGCGAUGGCAUAUACUGGGAUAACAAGAAAGGAUUCACCAUUUUAAGUGAAUUGUUGAAGUUUGCAAGUCUUGUCACCUGUGAAACCAAGCUCAAUGGAGAGGUGUACAGAUCGCCUACUUAUUUUGUGGUAGUUAUAGUGUUCAAAAUUAACAGCCUGACUAUGAACCCCCAUCCUCAAGUGCAGUUGGCCGUCGGAGAGAGGCUGGUUCUCACUUGCACAGCCCACACUCCAUUAAACGUUAGAGUCAGUUUUAAAUGGGACUAUCCUGCCUCAUGGAGUAACAGAGGGGAUAAGAGAGCAAUAAGAAAAGAAGUUCAAGGGGAACUGGAACAUUCUGGAAUCUUUAUCAUUGACUAUGUGACCAUGCAAGAUCAUGGGGAAUACAGCUGUACUGUGAACACAGGCCAUGUGACCAAGACCAUUACCACCACAGUCAUCAUACAUGAGAAACCCUUCAUAUACAUUGACGAUAGAAUGGAAUCUGUUGUGGUGACUAAAGUCGGUCAACAUGUCAGGGUUCCCGUGAAGUUCAUGGCUUAUCCUGUUCCUGAAGUAAAAUGGCUUAAAAAUGGAAAACCACUACAUUCAAAGCAUAUGAUCAGAGUUGGUCACGCUCUGUCCAUCGCAGAUGUCAGUGAAAAAGAUGCCGGGAAUUAUAGUGUUGUUCUUACUAACCCUCAUACCAAGGACCAACAGAGCCGGACCUUUCAGCUUGUUGUAUAUGUGCCACCGCACAUAUGUGAGAAGGCAGUGUCCAUCCCUCUUGACUCCUACAAAUACGGAAGGCCCUAUGUUCUAACCUGCACGGCUUCUGGCAUUCCGGCCCCUGUGAACAUCCGCUGGGUAUGGCAACUAGAGGAAGAAUGCACUUUCUCCUCAAAACAAUACGAGUUGGGUAGAAACCCAUACACGUGUGAAAACUGGAGGGAGAUUUCAGAUAAAAGUAUCGGGAAUGUGAUAGAAACAAAUGAAACUCAUACUGAUGUGAUAGAAGGAAAGAUAAAGACUGUGAGUAAGUUGGUUAUUCGAUCGGCUAACAUAUCUGCAGUAUACAAAUGUUCUGCCAAAAAUGAAGCAGGGAACGAUGAACGAAUAAUUGCUUUCCAUGUUACAAGGGACCUCGACAUUAGUGUGCAGCCCAGGGGAAGACUUACCGAGCAUGAUAAUGUCACAUUGAGAUGCUCAGCUGAUAAAUUCACUUACGAGAACCUAAUGUGGUACAAGCUGGGUACAAGCACGAUGGAGAAGCAGCUCCUCUCCUGGCCAAUGCCAUUAUGCAAAAACCUGGAUGCCCUGGUGAAGAUGAAUGGCACAUCUACCAGUACCAUUGGAGAUAAUGUGACCUCUGAGCUCGGCCUUCCUAAUAUCUCUCUGCAGGAACAAGGAAAUUAUGUUUGUGUAGCACAAGACAAGAAGACACAGAAGAGACACUGUUUGGUCAGACACAUCACUGUUCAAGCUCAGAAACCUCCUGCAAUUCACCAUCAACUCAGAAAUCAAACAACUAACGUCAGUGAGACGGUGGAAGUGCGAUGCCAAGCCACUGGAAUUCCGGAGCCUCAAAUAAUUUGGUUUAAAAAUGAUGAGACGCUGGUCGGAGACUCGGGCGUCAUUUUAAGAGACAAGAACAGAACUUUGAUAAUACAGAGAGUUAGAAAACAGGACGAAGGCUUCUACUUAUGUCGAGCUUGCAAUGAUUUGGGAUGCACAGAGGCUGAAAUGUACUUUUCGGUGAAUGGCAAUGAAGAAAAAACAAAUCUGGAACUCAUUAUUCUAGUUGGCACCGGAGUGAUUGCCCUGUUCUUUUGGUUGCUUCUCGUAAUCAUCCUUCGGACCGUAAAGAGGCCUAAUGAAGAUGAACUCAAGAGUGGCUACUUGUCAAUCAUUAUGGAUCCCAGUGAGGUCCCCUUAGAUGAGCAAUGCGAGAGAUUGUGCUACGAUUCUGCUAAAUGGGAGUUUCCUAGAGACCGCCUGAAAUUAGGUAAACCCCUUGGCCGUGGAGCUUUUGGACAAGUUGUGGAGGCUGACGCUUUUGGAAUUGAUAAAACUGGCACUUGUAAAACAGUGGCUGUUAAAAUGUUGAAAGAAGGAGCAACCAAUAGUGAAUACAAAGCAUUGAUGUCUGAGUUGAAAAUUCUUAGCCAUAUUGGCCAUCAUCUGAAUGUUGUCAACUUACUUGGAGCGAGCACAAAGCCAGGAGGUCCUUUGAUGGUGAUUGUAGAAUAUUGUCGGUUUGGGAACCUCUCUGCAUAUUUAAGAAGUAAAAGACAUGAAUUUGUCCUAUACAAGACUCAUCCUGCCCGCUAUAGGCAAGUCAAACAGCAGUACGUGGAAGUCCCCGGUGACCUCAAGCGGCGUUUAGACAGCAUUGCAAGUAGUCAGAGCUCAGCAAGUUCUGGGUUUGCGGAAGAUAAAUCAUUGAGCGAUGUUGAGGAAGAAGAAGUUGAAGACAUGUGCAAGAACACCCUGAGUAUGGAGGAUCUCAUCUCUUACAGCUUCCAGGUGGCCCGAGGAAUGGAGUAUAUGGCAUCACGCAAAUGCAUACAUAGAGACCUGGCCGCCCGCAAUAUACUGUUGUCUGAGAACAAUGUGGUCAAAAUAUGCGACUUUGGCUUGGCACGCGAUAUCUACAAAGACCCGGAUUACGUCCGGAAGGGAGAUGCACGACUUCCUCUGAAAUGGAUGGCUCCAGAGACUAUUUUUGACAGAGUAUACACAACCCAAAGUGAUGUGUGGUCUUUUGGUGUUCUGCUGUGGGAAAUAUUCUCGUUAGGGGGAUCACCGUAUCCAGGAGUGCAGAUUGAUGAAGAUUUUUGCAGACGACUUAAAGAAGGAACAAGAAUGAGGGCACCAGAUUAUGCCACCGUAGAAAUAUAUCAAACCAUGUUAGACUGUUGGCAUGGGGAUCCUCAGCUAAGACCAACAUUUUCUGAGCUGGUGGAACACUUAGGAAAUGUGUUACAAGCUAAUGUCCAACAGGAUGGAAAAGACUACAUCCCUCUUACGGUGUCAGUGAACAUUGAGGAGGAUUCUGGCCUCUCGCUGCCAACCUCACCUGUUUCCUGUCAGGAGGAAGAGGAAAUGGCUGAUGCAAAAUUCCAUUAUGACAAUGCUACCGGAUCACGGUUCAUUCAAAAUGGGAAGAGAAAAAGUCGGCCUGUUAGUGUGAAGACCUUCGAGUACGUUCCAGUUGAGACGUUGGCCAAAGUUGUUCACGAAGACAACCAGACAGACAGUGGAAUGAUUCUUGCAUCAGAAGAGUUAAAGACAUUGGGAAGCACAACAGAUCAAGCCAAGUUCUUUAGUCUUCUGGUGCCAAGCAAAAGCAAAGAGUCCGUUAUAUCUGGAUCCUCGAAUCGAACCAGUGAUUACCAAUCAGGCUACCAGUCGGGAUAUUCUGAUGACACAGACACCGUUACCUAUUCUAAUGAGAAAACACAGCUUUUACAGAAAGACUCCACACCUGCUAACUGCUACAUAGACACAAACCAGUAUCAAGUCAUGUCGCAGUUGAACACAGCUGUUUAGACGCCUUGGAGCCAUGUUGCUUGAAAUUGGAGGAAAUCAUAUUUUCCGUGUGAAAACGUAACAUAAUGCACUAACAAGCACACUGAGUAUAUGCAGUCCCUGUCCAGAGAUGUACCUGGAAAUAACUGUGCCUAGUUUUCUGGAUCUUAAUGCAAAGCACAUGAUUUUGCCUUAAAUGUAUUCAUGAGCAAAGUGUAUAUUUUCUUACUGUUCUUAAGACGGGGUAUGGACUUUUGAAGCCAUAUGUCAUUUAUUGACACUAAGUGUCUAUUACUAUAUAUUUAUAUUGAAGAAUAACAGGUUCAUUGAAGGGGUGCCUUGGAAAACCAGUAAAACAAUAUUUGACUUCUAGACGUAGC